UAUCUGGCCACGGGGAAGGUCGGAGGGAGCAAGGAAGGACGGCGCCCGGCCCCCCCCACGCCUGAUCCCGGCCCCACCCCAGGCCCGAUCGCGGCCCUCCCUCCACCUCGCCCCGGCGAAGCAGCGAGCGGGCGGGGCGGCGGCGGCGCACGGCCCGGAGCCCGCCCUCCCCACCCACCCCCCCCUAGGAGGAGGCGGUCAGCGCAGUGCUCGCGCCCAGGCCAGCCACCAGCCCGGCUCAGGGAGCUAGCCAAGGCGUGGAGGUGGAGCUGGAGGAGGACUACGAAGGAGGGUGGGUGGGGGGAGGGAGGGGCGGGGCCAGGAACACCUGGGGCCGGUGGCCAUGGACGCUGAGGGCAGCGACCUUGAUCUAACCGAGCUGUCCAUUCAGAAGAGAGGACGGGAAGGGAGGACCAUGAGCUGCGAGUCUAUGCUCCCCUACUACACGGCGGCCAGCGGACGCGCCGUGGGCAUGUUCAACACCUCCAUGGGCGAGCUGCAGAGGCAGCUGUACAAGGGCGAGUACGAUGCCUUCAAGUACGCCCCCAUGUUCGAGAGCGACUUCAUUCAGAUCAGCAAGAGAGGCGAAGUCAUCGAUGUGCAUAACCGGGUACGCAUGGUGACGGUGGGCAUCGCGUCCACGAGCCCCAUCCUGCCCUUGCCCAACGUCAUGCUGCUGGCCCGGCCCGUCGUGUACCUGGAGGACCCCCCACCCUUUCCAGAGCCUGGCUCCAGGAGCAUGCUGCACUUCCCUUCCAAGACCCUGGAGUUGACCAGGCUACUCCCCUUAAAGUUCGUGAAGAUUUCCGUCCAUGACCGUGACAAGCAGCAGCUUCGGCUAAAGCUGGCCAGCGGGCGAUCGUUCUACCUCCAGCUCUGCCCACCCUCCGACGCCCGGGAGGACCUCUUCUCCUACUGGGAGAAGCUCAUCUACCUCCUGCGGCCACCCGUCGAGGGCUACAGCAGCACCCACGCCAUCCCUGCCGGGGACGGGGUCGAGGUGCCUGUGUUCAUGGCCGAAGAGAAGUCUCCCGAGCCAAUUCUACAUAGCGAAGGGGAGCAGGAUAAAGUGAGCAUCAAGAGUCUUCAUAUGAUGUCCGACAUCCCCCGGCAGGAGCAACUGAUGGUGGCGAAGUCAGAGAUCAUCCUGGCCGCCUCGGCCGGGGAGGCCUUCCCCUGCCCGGGAGACACCGAUAGGGACCUGCUGACCCACCACUACACCAUCCAAGGGGUCCCCAGCGUGUCCCCGCCCAGCACACCAUCCAUCCCGAGCAUCGCAGUGGCGGUUGCCGCCAGCAGGGGUCCCACAGGCAAGGCCACUCCGGGCUUAGGGGUGGCCGUGACGGAAAGUCAGGGGCCCAGCCUGAGUCUGGCCCUGGCCGGGACCGCAACUGCGCAGGUGACAGAAACCAUGUCCGCUGGCAGUGUGAGUCUGGUGCUGGCCGGUGCCGCCAGCAUGUCUCCGGACUCCGUGAGCAUGGUCUCGGCGGGCGCCGGAAGCCUCAGCCCCUCCGGACCCAUAAGCGUGGCCUCAGCCGGAGCCGGCGGCAUAGCCAUAGCCGGGAUAGGAGUCAUCGCUCCCCCGCUGGAGUCCGAGCCCCCCCUCGUGUCGACCUUGCAGACCGAAGGCUACAUGAGCGAACGGGAUGGAAGUCAGAGGCUGGCCCCCAGCAGCACCCCGGAGGCGGUCAAGGAAGGGAGGUCAUCCCGGAGGCGAUCCCGGCACCGGGAAGGCCGGGGGCGGAAGGGAGGCGAGAAGGACACCAGCGGCGGUGGCCAAAAGAAGUCCUCCCGGCGGGCCGUGACCUCCAAGGAUGCGCAGAAGGCCGGCCACCGGCCCCGGAGAAGCCGGCGCAGCCCAUCCUCCCGCAAGGCCUCCAGCCCGUCCAUCAAGGAUUCCAGAUUCAGAAGCUCUUACAGAAACGGGGCCCUGCGGGUGGCGCCCGGGCUAACGGUAGACAUUUUCUUUGCCUUGUCUCAUGUCUUCAGGACCUCCCAUAAGCCCGGGAAGAGUAAGAGCUCGGCCAGCACGCCUUCCACUGCCCCGACUAAGAAACCCAGCCGGAUCGCCUCCUUCUUGCGCAGCUUCUCUCGAUCCAGCCAGAGCACCAAGAGCACCUCUGUCCUCACAAAUGUGGGGGGCACGGCCGAGGCCCCCAAGGCCGCGGCCGCUGAAAUCGACAUGAGCACCAUCCUGGAGAACAUGGAGAGCACCGAGAUGGAGAUGGAGACCAUCACUGAGUUGGUAUCCCCCGCAGAGGAAGAGGAGGAGGAGGAAGAGGAGGAGGAAGAGGAGCUGGUCAGCCUGCUGAUGGACUCCCAAAGGCCCGCCCCACCCCUCCCGUGUCCCCCUGAGUCCCGGCACUAGCCAGGCCACCCACCUAGGGCCACAGAGAAUAGCCGGCGGGCUCGGAUAUUAAAGAAUCGUCUUUGGUCCCAGA